AUGUCACAACCAAGCACUGCCGCCAUCGUUGUCGCCUCCAUCUUUGGAGGCAUCGCCCUCGUCUUUGGCGCCUACAAGGCGUACUGCAAGCUCUGGCGCUACACCCACCGUUCAGAAGAAUUGCCGCCCAUCAGUCAACCCCAGACCGCUUAUCACGGAGGUGUCGUCAUGUCCACUGUCACGGAUGCACCUACAUUUGCCUCCAUAGACAGGCACGCCAGUUCCAACGAUUUCCUCGCAGCAUCUUCAGCAUCUACAUCGACAUGGCCGCAUGCCGACGGCCUCGCCUCGACCUCGACCAGCGAAAUGCCUUCGCCCUCCAUCCGCCCACUCGAUUCCGUCGUGCUCUCCACUCCUUCCGAUGUCUACGACCCUCACCUUAGAGGCACCUCGACCAUCUCGAGCUCAUCAUCCACCAUGACGCUCAAGCGCUCCUACCUCAGAUCCCCAUCCGCCUCGCAGCUCUCGUACAUGUCGCACUCUAGCCGGCGCGAAUCCUACCUUCCGCAUUCUCCGCUCAAUCGUGACUCGAUCCAAAUCAUCCCGCCCCAACCGCUCGGCUUUGGCGGCAGCAUGGCUAUGGCAACCGAUCAGAGGACGCUUGCGUUCAGCAGCAACAGUGGCAUCGGCACAUCCGACGACUUUACCAGCGGACUCGUAUGGACCGAACGCAACUCGGAUCGGCCGCACCGUGCGCAGCAGGACAGGAGGAGGUACCUCGCUCACGGUCCCACGUCGGUUCGAAGCAGUAGCGCCACACCCAGCCAGCUCUCGUCCUCGCAACCAAGCCCCACCACAGCGGCACGCUCGCUAGCAUCCCGAACUCCAGACGAGCAGCUCUAUCCCGCAGCCUCACCAUCGUCUGAGACGCAAACGCCUGGUGCCAACGACGCGGCACCACAAGUCAAGCCUGAAGCUUCGGCCAUCAAUCCACAGCUGCUGAGCGCAAAAGACAGCCCAUUGCAGAGGCUGCAGAGCAACGCUGGCUCAAGCGCACUACCGCGGCCACCGUCCCAUGAUAGCGGCACACCAUCCGAUUCGGACACUUCCCCCAUUCUCAGCCCCUUUGUGCCGCAAUCGGGGCCUCCAAGCUCUAGCAACAGCGCCGCCUCGCACUCAAAUCCUCUGAGUGCUGAAACAAAACCUGGCUCGACAUAG